CUCGUAGAAAUAUCUACUCUUUAGACAAGACUCCCUCUCGAAUUAGAGAAUGAGUCACGGAGUUGUCUCUCUUCAGGGAAUUAUUUUUUUUCCCCUUUUCUUUUGAGAAUGAAUUCUCUCUUCAGAUUUGGGGCCUCUUUCCCUCCGUUACAUUGGAGAUCAUAAUCCUGGCUGCGCUUGGCAUGAAAGUGCAGCUGAAAGCCAUCGUGCAGACCUGCAGGGGAUUUUUAUACGAGCCCAGCCAGUCUGGUGGUCCUAGAUUUCAGGUCUAGUUCUGCGAAAGGGCAAUUAAGCUUUCUCUAGCUGUGAAUGGGAACAUUGGAAAUCCAGUAUUGUCCCCCAAGCGCAAACAACGAAUCUUAUGCGGUGCCAUGUAGCUGCGUGGGAGGUAAAAAGCGUCUAUAAAUUGACUUCUAAGGGAGUAGAAGGUGGUUGAAGAUUGAAGUGUUAAGUUUGGAAGGUUAAUAAGGAGCUGGAACAAUGUAUCUUCAGUUUUACAUAAACGAUAAUGGUGACAAAGUCUACACUACCAAGAAAGAAUCACCAUUGGGCUUGCCCACUCAAUCUGCUCACCCAGCCCGCUUCUCCCCCGAUGACAAAUAUUCAAGGCAAAGAGUUCUCUUAAAGAAGCGGUUUGGAUUGUUGCCAACCCAACAGUCACCUCUGAAGUACUGAGAUCAUUAUGGCUGUCUAGUUUUUCAUCUUCAAGUGUCUGAACGGGGAGCUUUCCUUCGUGCAUGUUGAAGAGUGUUGUGUCUUUUCAUCUUUGGUUGCUGAAUGUAGUGCAUCAGCCACCCCCGUUGUAGCCCAGAUAGAAAAAAAAAAUCCUACAAAUGGAUCUUUUAUGAAAACUAUGAAGUAUUCAUCGAUGUAAAGCUUGUUGGCAAACUGAACACCAUUGUGUCUUCUAAGUUUUCAUAGUUAAUGUCUAAGAAUUAUUUUAAGGAAGAUUCUAAGAUAUAAUUUCUAUUAUUCUCUAAAAA